AACCCUAAAAUCUCCUCCCCCAUGGACGACGGCGACCUCAGCUUCGACUUCGAGGGCGGCCUCGACCAGGCCCCCGCCGCCGCCGGGGGGCCCGCGCCGCACGCUGCCGACGCCGGGGUGGUCGGCGGCGGCGGCGGCGGCGGAGACGGCGGCGGGCACGGGCGCGCCCGCCGCGGUGGCAGUAGCUACAGGCAGACGGUGUGCCGGCACUGGCUGCGCGGCCUGUGCAUGAAGGGGGAGGCCUGCGGGUUCCUGCACCAGUUCGACAAGUCCCGCAUGCCCGUGUGCCGCUUCUUCCGCGACUACGGCGAGUGCCGCGAGCCCGACUGCUCCUACAAGCACUCCUACGACGAUGUCAAGGAGUGCAACAUGUACAAGAUGGGAUUUUGCCCUAAUGGUCCUGGCUGCCGGUACAAGCAUGUCAAGUUACCUGGGCCACCACCUCCUGUUGAGGAAGCUCUGCAGAAGAUUUUGCAGAUUCGCUCUUUCAACAAAUUCAAUCAGCAUAGGCACAAUAACUAUAAUCAACAGGGGGAGAGAUCUCAACAUCCACAGGGUUCAGGUUUACCUAACCAAAAUUCAGUAGAUAAUACUGCAGCCACAACUGCUCAGCCUGCUGUUGGACAGCAAGUACAAACAACAAAUCAACAGCCGCCACAGCAGCAGCAGCAGCAGCAACAACAGAAGCCAAAUACAAAUGACCAAGUCCAAUCUGCUCCAAAUGUUCCAAAUGGCUUGUCUAAUCAAGCCACUAGAAUUGCAACACCCCUUCCACAAGGGCCAUCUAGGUACUUCAUUGUUAAGAGUUGCAAUAGAGAGAAUCUGGAGAUAUCAGUUCAGCAGGGCAUCUGGGCUACCCAAAGGAGCAAUGAGGCUAAACUUAAUGAAGCCUUUGAAUCCAUUGAAAAUGUUAUUUUAAUAUUCUCAGUCAAUAGAACUCGUCAUUUCCAGGGCUGUGCAAAGAUGACUUCUAGGAUUGGUGGCUACAUUGGUGGUGGAAAUUGGAAAUCUGCUCAUGGAACGGCACAUUAUGGUAGGAACUUCUCCAUGCAGUGGCUUAAGCUUUGUGAGCUGUCAUUUCAGAAAACACAUCAUCUCCGCAAUCCAUACAAUGACAAUCUCCCUGUUAAGAUCAGCCGAGAUUGCCAGGAACUAGAACCUUUAAUUGGUGAGCAAUUGGCUUCGCUGCUUUAUCUAGAACCAGACAGUGAGCUGACGGCUAUACUAAUUGCAGCGGAGGCAAAGAGAGAAGAAGAAAAGGCUAAAGGAGUAAGUGCUGAUGAGGCAACUGACAAUCAAGAUAUCGUGCUGUUUGAUGACAAUGAAGAAGAGGAGGAAGAGGAAAGCGAGGAGGAAGAAGAAGGCAAUGCUCAAGAAUCUCAAGGAAGGGGAAGAGGAAGGGGGAUGAUGUGGCCACCUCAAAUGCCAAUGCUACGUGGUGUUGGACCGAUGAUGGGAGGGCGUGGCUUCCCUCCCAACAUGAUGGGUGACGGUUUUGGUUUUGGCGGUGGUUUUGGAAUGCCUGAUCCUUUCGGAAUGCCUCGUGGUUUUCCGCCAUUUGGUGGCCCAAGGUUUCCUGGUGACUUUGCUAGAGGAGGUCCUAUGCCUGGUAUGGUUUUCCCCGGCAGGCCCCCACAACCUGGGGGCAUGUUCCCCAUGGGGCUAGAUAUGAUGAUGGGUCCUGGUCGUGGACCACUAAUGGGAGGCAUGGGAAUGGGUGGUCCUGGACGACCGAAUCGACCUGUUGGUAUGGCUCCCUUCAUGCCUCCACCGCCUCCGCCAAACAAUCGUGGCGCGAAGCGGGAGCAAAGAAGGCCAGGUGGUGAGAGAGGUGACAGGUAUGAGACGACCUCUGACCAGGGAAGCAGGGGCCAUGAUGCCACUGGGAAUUCUGGAGCAGAAGGAACCAGGUCUCAGUCUGGGGACAGAUAUGGUAGAAGCGCUCUCCGAGACGAUGACAGUGAGAGCGAUGAGGAAGCUGCGCCUAGGAGGUCGCGGAAACGAUAAGGCGAGAUCGAGCACUUUUGAUCCUUGAAGAUAGAUUAUGUGUUUUCUGUUGAGAGAGCUGUCGGUGAAACCUGAGGAGUUGAAACAUUUAGAACAUCCCCUCAUUUUUCCCCCUUCAAACUCAGGUUAGAACAAAAAUGGUGAAUUAGUGAAUUACUCUGUAUUACUGAGCAGUGAGUGUGGUCAUAUUCGCCAAUGGAGUUUUGUAACAGACUAAAUAUUAGGCUUGUUUUUUCUAAUGGUUUUCAGAAUGUACACAGCAUCAUGAGGAUAAUCUAUAUUGUUGUGUAUACUGUGAUGAUUAUUCAUUAACAGGCCCUCGUUCCCAAAAUUCAAUUCAUUUCAUUUCCAUGUCAUUUUUCAUU